CCCCCACUGCCGAAUGCUCUGAGGAGGAGCGCUGCCGCUUAGGGCGGCAAAAACCCUGGCGCCGCUCCUGAGUUACCCUCAUGUAGGUGUGAAGAGAAUCAAGCCCAUAGUAUGUUUCCAUAGCUGAAUAGCUUGUUUUCUGUGUAUUGUUCAAAGUGACUGGUUUUGAACCAGCUGUGUGAAUAGUUAUCUGGAUGCAAGAGCACAGCCAGCUAGUUAGCUCAUGGAUGUGUCUAGCAGUGUUCUACUGAUGGACAUUCCAAAUCUUCUACCACCUCAUAGUUCUAAGUCUCUCUAGAUACCAAAAUAAUAUAAGAGGACCAUAAUUCAAACAUGUUUGCUCACUUGCUCCCACUAACCUCCUUGUCUUUUGACAAGUAGAGAAUAUUAUAUACAUAUACACCUUUACCCCGAUAUAACACUGUCCUCGGGAGCCAAAAAAUCUUACCGCAUUAUAGGUGGAACCGCGUUAUAUUGAACUUGCUUUGAUCUGCCGGAGCGCGCAGCCCCGCCCCCCCAGAGCGCUGCUUUACCACGUUAUAUCCAAAUUCGUGUUAUAUCGGGUAGCGUUAUAUUGGGGUAGAGGUAUAUAGAGCUAUAUGUACACCUUAGGCACUUUUAGGAUACCCCUCAUUAUAAUAUUACUGAAUAUUAAGCACAGGUUGCCUUAUUGGCAUAGCCCCACAUUGAGGGAGCCUGCUCACAGUCCAAGCAGCAACUCCCAGAGGAAUUGUUAUGGGGUGCACAGGGGAUUUGGAAAUGUGGGUUUAGGUGACUUAGCCAAGAUCCCAGAGCAAGUCAUUGGUCUAGUUGUAAUAGAUCUCCUGCCUCUCAGUCCAGUGCUUUAACUAGGCCUCAGACUUCUGGUGGAAUCAUUUUCUAUUCAGUGCGCAGUUCACUGGAUUAAAUUAGUGCUUGAUACUAUUAAAACUCUGAACAGUUUGACAACUCUGAAAGUGCAGAGAAAAUAACUUGACUUUUAGCUAGCUCUUGUGUAUUUAUGGGAACAGUCUGAGGCAAUGAGAUUUGCAGCUUUUUCAGUAGGGUGUUAUGAUUUAGACAACAUUAAGCACACCUGUUAAGACCUAUACUUCAUAUAUUUAAAGAACCUCCAGACAGCUUUAGUGUUCUCCUAAUAAAAAGCAGAUGUGGGAAACAGAAUACCUGUGUGUUGUCUUUAGUAGGAUUUAUCAUCUCCAACAAUUCGUUUUAUCAGCUUGGUCAAACUCAGAGCUCUGGACCUUUUGCUGAGUGUAACUGCCCAGGAAAGAACCUCAUUUACUUAAAAGUAAAUUGGCCAAUAAUUGGUUGCAAUAUGUUUUUAAGCAUUUGAUCCCUCACAUUGUUUUGUUCUCUUCUGUGUGGGUUUUAUAUGAGAAACAGUGUAAUUUAUAGCAUAAUAAUCCAGUUUAGUCACAUAUAAAUCUCCCAGUUGUACAUGAAUUAGAAGACAGAUUAUAUAAUAUAUAAAUGAGGAGGGAAGGAACUGUUUUUACAAUUGUGCACUAAUAAAAAACUGAGCAGAUUGUAUUUUUAUUUGUGACAAAGCCAUAUAUAUUUCAAAAUAGUAAAAUGAUUUUUUUUUACAUAAUUUAAACUAACUGUGGGUAUCGCAUAUAUAUUUUAGGUUGCUUUUUAAACCGCAUUAUUCUGUUGUUCUCCAAAAUGCAUGAAGGUAGUUGAUUAAAACACAUGGCAAAAUACUUAAAGAAAAAUACAUUCAAUAUGACAGUACCAUUCAAUAUACAUGUCAUAUAAAAUUACUAAGUCUCUAUAUCAAGUUGCUGAUAGAGAAUUUAGUGUAAGUGCAUUUGGUCAGACAGUUUGUCUAACUUGCAUAUCCAUGGAUAGCUUUUUCCCUUUGAUAAAAUUAUUCUGGCCUCAGACAUUCCAUCUCAAACCAAGCAUCUCAUUACAAGGAGCAGACAGGGAUUACUUCUGCUUGUGAGCAUAUGCAGGAAUCUGUCCAGGAACUGAUGAGGCAGGAUUUACUUCUAGGGAAAGGGCAUUUUGUCUGACUCCGUAGGGCAGGGAUUGGCAAGCUUUGGCAUGCUACCCAUCAGGGUAAGCACCCUGGCAGGCCGGGCCGGUCUGUUUACCUGCCGCGUCCACAGGUUCGACCGAUCGUGGCUCCCACUGGCCACGGUUCGCCGCUCCAGGCCAGUGGGGGCUGCAGGAAGCAGCGGCCAGCGCAUCCCUCAGCCCGCGCCGCUUCCAUGGCAGGCCGCGUGCCAAAGGUUGCCGAUCCCUGCCGUAGGGCCUGGAGAGAGGAAAGACUGCCAACCAAGACAGGUGAAUUCCUCAACAAAAAUGUGUACUUGUUUACUCAGAAAAGACUGAGCCCAAUUGUGCCCUGCCACUACACAGAUGUGCAAGGAAGUAUCCUCCACACAGAGGCCAGGCAUAACCAAAACCUCUGCUCUUCCUGGACCUGCAGACUGUUCUCUUCCAGAGCUACACUGGAUGAAAUAACAGCUAUAACCAUUCAGGAGACGCAGGCAGAGUGAAGGUGUUGAUUUGCAAGGAAGGGCACAGUCCUCACAUAUAGGUGGGGUGCGGGGUGAAAUGUAUGUAGGUCGAUAUGAAUGAGAGGACAAUGGAUGUAAUGGUAACAGCUGAACCAAUCUGACUGAGAGCACGAGUUAAACACUGGACUCCUUGUGAAGCUAAUAGAGAUCAGCAGCUGAGAGUCAACACAGGAGCAACACAAUGGACUAAAUUACUGGCCGGUCAGUGAGAGUGCUUAGUUCCAAGGUGUCAUGAGUUUCUCCCUAUGCUGUUAGGUAACUAUAAACAACCCUUUUUAAAUGUGAAGGGGUAGAUUUGGUUCACAAAGGUGAAUCUAGAAAGCAGGUUUGAUAUGACAUUUUUAUCAUGUCUCCUCUAUGACUUUCUGUAAAUUUACCCUGACAAACCUCAGGCCAUGUCUACACUACAAAAUUAUGUCUACCUAAGUUAUAUCGGUGUACAGCCACCACCGUUUUUACAGCACUUGUGCGGUGUGCAUGCUACUCUCCUUGUGUCAGCGAUGUGCGUCCUCACCAGGACUGCUUGUAUUGAUGCAGAGUGCAGUAUACCAUGGUUAGGUAUCCCACUGUGCAACUUACCACCAUCCUGCACAGGUGUUUUGGGAAGUUUUUGCAAUGCCUCAUGGGGCUGAAAUGAGUCACACGGGAGUGACUGGGGCCAUGGGGUCAACUUCCCAUAAUGAAAUGUUCCCCAUCCCAUAAUUUCCUCUGCAGCCCAUAAUAUUUCACAUCUCUUUUCAAAAUUCCCACAAAUCUGCAUGUCCCUUCUCACCAUCUGACAUCUCUGACAGAGCAUGAAGCCUGCACAGCUCUGCGCUAUUGUCAUGAGCAUUGCAAGCAUAGGGCACCUGAUCCAGCUGUAUUUACAGAGAAUUGGACAAGACGACGAUUCCUUGGAGGCUAGAUUGCUGUGGGACAGACAGAAAGAAUUCAAGGUGGUUGUUGGCAUUUGUGGAGCAGGUGGAGAUGGUGCAGCACCGCUUCUGGGCCCAAGAAACCAGCACUGACUGGUGGGAUUGCAUUAUCAUGUAGGUUUGGGAUGACGAGCAGUUGCUGCAGAACUUUCAGAUGUGCAAGGCUACAUUCCUGGAUCUGUGUGCCGAAUUUGCCCCAGCCCUCCAGCGCAGGGGCAUCAGAAUUAAAGCCACACUGACAGUUGAGAAGUGAGUGGUGAUUGCACUGUGGAAACUGCCAAUGCUAGAUUGCUAUGUCAGUCAGUCAGGAAUCAAUUUGGAGUUGGGAAAUCGACCGCAGGGGCCAUUGUCAUGCAAGUGUGUAGGGCUGUUAAUUGCUUCCUGCUACGCAGGGCUGUGACUCUGGGAAAUGUGCAGGACACAGUGAAUGGCUUUGCAACAAUGAGCUUCCUGAACUGCAGUGGGGCAAAAGAUGGCACGCAUAUCCUUAUUUUAGCACCAGACCACCUUGCCACAGAGUACAUCAACAGAAAGGUCUACUUUUCCAUAGUAAUGCAAGUGCUGCUGGAUCACUGGGGUCACUUUACCAAUAUCAGUGUGGGCUGGUCAGGGAAGAUGCAUGAUGCUUCCAUCUUUAAGAACAACAGGACUGUUCAAAAAGCUGCAAGCAGGGACUUUCUUUCCUGAUGGCUGAUUACCACUGGUAAUGUUGAAAUGCCAGUGUGAUCCUGGGAGUGAACUCCUUACUCCCAAGGCUCAUGAUGCCAUACACUGGCCACCUCAACAGCACCAAAGGGUGCUUCAACUACAGCUCAGCAGGUGCAGAAUGGCAGUUGAAUGUGCCUUUGGUUGUAGGAAGGGUUGCUGGCAUUGUUUACAUAGGAGAUUGGACCUCGGUGAGAAAAGCAUCCCAAUGGUAAUAGCACCUCUGUGUCCUGCAAAAUAUCUGUGAAGCAAAGGAGGAAAGUUUCUGCCAGGAUGAACAGAGGCGGUGGAGCUCAAUUAGAAGAGCUCAGUGCAGAGCUAUACAGCUCAGGGAGGCUUUGAGAGAACAUUUUAAUAGUGAGCCAGAGUAAGGUAUGAUGCUGUAGUGUGCUCUACCUGGCCUUGCUCUCUUGCAGCCUAGUACGAUUCUUGUAGUGACUGCUGUCAUGUAGGAAUAGAACAGUGUUUGUGAAUGAUUUUAUGGGUUUGUGACAAAAUGAAGUACCAGGAAAUUGGUGUGUGUCAGACUGCUCAGCGUCAGACAGCGUGUGUUGUGAACUAAUAACGAUGAAUCUUGAUUAAAAAAAAUAGAAUUUUAUUCGGUAACAUGAACCAGGCAAUUUAAAAAAGCCAUUUUAAACUUUGAUCCCCCAAAAGGGUAAGCAUUACAUUCUCACUUAUCCAUGGGACUGAUACAGCACGGUGCCAGUCACCGCACCAGCCAUGUUGAGUAUGGCUCUUUGGGGGUGGGGGCAGGGUUUAAGGUUGGGGAAAUAGCUUACAGGCAUGAGUAUAUUGGUAUAGGGCAAUGGAACUGAAUACUGGCACUGUUUUCCACAGGCAGUGGUGAUUUUAGCGGCUAUCUCACUCCUGAUGGUAACAAAGGUAGAGAGAGUGCAGCUGGUGUCCUGAUGCCAUCUGGACCCAUAUGCUGCUAGGCUUGUACUGCAAUGGUGCUUGCUGAAGUACUUGCUGACUGGCAUGGGAAAGUGUCCUAUCGCAGUGGAAGAAAUAUGGCAGCCUUCCCCAGAAACCUUCGGCAGAGGAUUGCAGUUUCCAUAAAAGUUUUCCAUAAAAACUUUCCAUAAAAGUUUCAUCAAGAUCUCUACGGAGGAUUCACAAGAUGCACAUAAACUGCUCCGCAUGACCAUUUUUGCUGCACUCUAGAGAGGAAUUAAAACCAGGUAGCAACUCUAUCUCUCUUGGUUGUUUCACUACCUCUUCUAGCACAGAUAAACAAGAGUAAAUCAACAGAGGUGUCCUGCUACUUUGGAGGUUCCAUACCCUGGAAUUUCAAAGCAAACUACCUACUCACCAGAGGUUCCUUCCCCAACAUCAUGUUCACCUUUGUUCAACAAAUCGGGAUUGUCUGGACUGCAGAGGAGUAAAAAACAUAGAACCACAGGGUUAGAGGGACUGCAAGGAUCAUCUAGAGUAACCCCCAACCAAGAUGCAGGAUUUGUUGUGUCUAAACCAUCCAGGACAGAUGGCUAUGUAGCCUCCUGUUGAAAACCUCCAGUGAAGAAGCUUCCACAACCUCCCGAGGCAUCUGUUCCAUCGUCCUACUGUUCUUACGUGUCCUGGCUCACUGUGCAACUGGAUCCCCCGGUCGCCCAUCCCCCACACUCCUCCUUCCUUGUCCUCCUCCCCCCUCCCUGUUCACAGUGGGGGUCUGUGACUUGGGCUCCUCCGAAGUAUCCAGGGUGCUCUGGGGGGCGGGGGGUGUCCACCAAGGAUGGCUGGCAUGCAGCUUUUUGUAAAAGCAGCAGGUCUCCAACUCCACACCAGAUUGAUUGUUGACCUCUCUUCCCUUCUGGUAUGCCUGCCACAGCUCCUUGGCUUUCACGAAGCACUGUUGUGUGUUCCUGUUGUAGCCCUUCUCCUGCAUCCACUGAGCAAUCUGCUUGUAGAUGUCCACAUUUCUACGGCUGGAUCAGAGCUGUUCCUGCACAGCCUCUUCUCCCCACCAGCCCAGGAGAUCCAUAUACCUCUUGUGUAUCUGCAGCGUGUCGCUGGCAUGGUCAGCUAGGCAGUUACACACAUCAAUGGAGAGCUGCUAGGUGUGCUCACCUCACCAGGCACCCAGGAAAAGGAAUUUCAAAAAUUCAUGGGGCUUUAAAGGGGAAUGGCAGCUGACCCCUGGGCAGAGGAGUUCACAAUGAUGACCAGAGCGAUCAGUAUGGGGCAUUAUGGGACAGCUACUGGAGACCAGUAAUAGUCAACAUAAGUAAUGCAGCGCUCACACUGACACUGUGUUGACCUAACUACAUCGACCCUGAGUCUACGCUGCCCGCAGAGGUGGUGUUAAGUCAGUGUAGCGGGGCAGUUACAUCAGCAGGAGUGUCUGUUCUCUGGUGUCUGUGCCUUGUCAUGGUGGGACAGUUUGCGUGCUCUAACGAUUCCCAGAGUCUGUGUCGGCGGGGGCUUUUUGCUUCUGAUAGGUUCAACCAUGCUGGAUUGGUCUGUAGGGAAGGGGCCAGGCAAAACAGACACCCUGGUCCUCCAGGUUGGGGGUUAGGCACAUAGCUAACAACCCUGUCCCGUAAAAAACAAAAUAUGUUACGGAAACAGCGACAGAGAAAUUAACCAUUACUGUGUGUGAUGGCCUUCAGGAGUCAAUGACCCGUAUGACUGCCAGUAGUGGAAGCCACUGGCAUGAAGACUGAAGUGCUCAACACCAAGUCAAAAACCAAACUUGGUUUUUGGAACGUAUGGACAAUGUACGAAGCAGGGAAGCUAGCUCAGGUCACAGCAGAGAUGAGACGUCACAACUUACACAUCCUGGGUGUCAGCAAGAGCAGAUGGGUGGGAUCAGGAAGAUUAACAACAGCCUCGGGAGAAACUUUGCUGUUUUCUGGACGGGAUGAUGGACAACACCAUGAGGGUGUUGCCAUACUUUUGAAGAAGGGAGUGGAACAUUCCCUGCUUGAAUGGAAAUCCAUCAGCAGCAGACUUAUGAGAGCCAGACUGAAAGGGAAACACAAUAAUAUCCCCUUGAUUCAGUGUUAUGCUCCGACAAAUUACAGUGAUGAAGAAGUAAAGGACAAAUUCUAUCUUACACUACAGGCAGAGUUAGAGAAGUACCACACCACAGCCUAACUAUCGUAAUGGGAAACCUGAAUGCCAAGGUCGGUAAGGACAACACAAACAAUGACAGAGCAAUGGGAAGACAUGGGUGUGGCACCAUGAAUGAAAACGGAGAGAGGCUUGUUGAUUUCUGUAAUAUGAAUGACCUAAUCAUCGGCGGAACCGUAUUUGAACAUUGUGAAAUUCACAAACUGACAUGGUGUUCUCCAAAUGGCAGAGAUAAGAACCAGAUUGACCAUAUCAUGAUCAGUGGCAAAUGGCGACACUCACUAACAGAUGUGAAAGUGAGAAGGGGUGCAGAUGUUGGCAGCAACCACCACCUUGUGACAGCCUCCAUCAAGCUAAAACUGAGAAAUGUGGGUUCACCAAACAAGGGACAUAGAUGUUUUGAUAUUGACAAGCUAAAGUCCCUUGAAAUACUGAAAGCCUUCGUUCUGCAGUUAAAGAACAGGUUUCAAGCACUUGCAGACCCUGAUGAAGGGGAGGGGACUGCAGAUGAGGAGAUCAACAAGAAAUGGGACAAAGUAACAGCAAUUUAUAAACAGAGCAGUGAAGCCUGUCUAGGCUACAGGCAGAAGAGAAGGAAGGAGUGGAUUACAUCCAGCACUUGGAACGCCAUAGAAACCAGACGAGCCCUGAAGAAAAAAGUUUUAGACACAAAAUCCCGGAAGCUAAAGGACAAAUACAACGAGCAGUAUAGCAAGUCACAACGGGAGAUCAAACGCCUUGUGAGAGUGGACAAACAGCAUUAUAUUGAUAACCUGACAACACAAGCAGAGGAUGCAGCUGCUUGUGGUGAACAAGGAACUGUAUAAAAUGAUGCGGCUUAUCAGUGGUAAACAGCAGACACCAACAAACACUCAUCAGGAACAAACAAGGACACCUACUAACAACCAAAAAAGAACAAUAAAUGAGCAGGACAGAGCAUUUCAAAGAAUUGCUGAACAGGGAGCCACCUAAAGAGGAAGCAAACAUCCAGGAGGCAGAAGAAGAUCUUGAUAUCAACACAGACACCCCAACUAAGGAAGAGAUAA